GCAUUUUGUUCAGCUAUGGCGACAACAAAUGUGGAGGAGCAACAGCUGUCGGCCAAAGCCAAAGCGCUCGAGGUGCAAAAGGAGCGCAAUAUCUAUGAUAACUUUGCCACACCACUCGCUGGAACUUUUCUCAAUCUGCCGCAAGAGUCCGUCGUGCUAAAGUGCCCCGCCUGCGGCAUUAAAGAUCAGAGCGUCAUUGAAAACGAUCUUAAAUGGUGGGCCAGUGAGAUCAAUCGUAUCGUUGGUUGCCUUUUCGUAACCUUUUGCUGCUGCUGCUGCAUGGACUAUAUUGUGCCCUGCAAGCAAACCGAUCGCAGCCAUUAUUGUGGCAACUGCGGCUGCUACUUUGGGCGUGCCAUGAAGCCACGUGCCCCACUCAAAAUCAAGGCGAGCGCCAGCAAAUAGCCAUCCAAAAACCAUAUACACUAUUACAAACAACACAGAGAUCACUCUACACAUUAGCUCAUCACAGUGGUCGCUCGACAACUGGUACGCUUUGUCUCAGAGCUGAUUCUAAUUUGAGUUUCUAUACAAAAAAAAAAUUGUGUACUUUAAAUGUUACAUAUUGUUACAUAUUAAAAAUGAAAACCAA